AGAACUCGGUCUCCAUGGCACUGCUGGCCGGACGAGGGAUGUUAUUUUGGGCAGUGCAUCUGGACUUGGCUCAAGCUGCACCAGCCAAACCUUACUGACCUCUCCCCUGGAGAAGCAAGAGCAGCGCUCGAGGCUGCCCUGGGAGGGCUGAGAGGCAGGCUCUGGACUGGGGACACAGGGAUAGCUUAGCUCCAGCUGGGGGUGGAAGCUGAGCCAGGGACAGUCACGGAGGAACAAGAUCAAGAUGCACUUUAACUGAGAAGCCCCCAAGGCAGAGGCUGAAAAUCACAAGACAUUUCAGCAAACAUCUACAAAUCUGAAAGACAAAACAUGGUUCAAGCAUCCAGGCACAGGCGAGGCUUGUUGGCAUCAUGGAUUGCACUUUCAGCUCCCCACCUGCCCGUCUGCAAAGUGGCCUCAUUGGUGUGCCAUUUUUACUGGUCCAGUCCCAACUAGAAGGGGCAUGGCCUGACCAUCUACCCCAGUUCCUCUCCAUGUCCCCAUGGCUCUCAAGUGUCUUCUAUUCCAGCUGUCCCAGCUGCCCUAGGCAAGAGGAGGUGUGUGUGGCGAGGCUGCUGGGUUACCUAUUAACUCAGCUGCGAGUUGAAGAGCCGAUGGGCAGCAGGCAGACUUGAGUCUCCUUUCUGUCCAUGGGCUCGGGCCACUGUCUCAGGUCCACCCGUGGCUCCAAAAUGGUCUCCUGGUCCGUGAUAGCAAAGAUCCAGGAAAUACUGCAGAGGAAGAUGGUGCGAGAGUUCCUGGCCGAGUUCAUGAGCACAUAUGUCAUGAUGGUAUUCGGCCUUGGUUCCGUGGCCCAUAUGGUUCUAAAUAAAAAAUACGGGAGCUACCUUGGUGUCAACUUGGGUUUUGGCUUCGGAGUCACCAUGGGAGUGCACGUGGCAGGCCGCAUCUCUGGAGCCCACAUGAACGCAGCUGUGACCUUCGCUAACUGUGCACUGGGCCGCGUGCCCUGGAGGAAGUUUCCGGUCUAUGUGCUGGGGCAGUUCCUGGGCUCCUUCCUGGCAGCUGCCACCAUUUACAGUCUCUUCUACACGGCCAUUCUCCACUUUUCGGGUGGACAGCUGAUGGUGACCGGUCCCGUCGCUACAGCUGGCAUUUUUGCCACCUACCUUCCUGAUCACAUGACAUUGUGGCGGGGCUUCCUGAAUGAGGCGUGGCUGACCGGGAUGCUCCAGCUGUGUCUCUUCGCCAUCACGGACCAGGAGAACAACCCAGCACUGCCAGGAACACAGGCGCUGGUGAUAGGCAUCCUCGUGGUCAUCAUCGGGGUGUCCCUCGGCAUGAACACAGGAUAUGCCAUCAACCCGUCCCGGGACCUGCCCCCCCGCAUCUUUACCUUCAUUGCUGGUUGGGGCAAACAGGUCUUCAGGUACUGCCCCUGCCCAGGCCCGUUCCUUUGAGUUUUUCUGUGGGUCCCCUGUGUGUUGAGGGGUGGGGGGUGAUGUGAGGGGCAGCACAGGAGGGUCCUGCAGAGCCCCCAGGUGGCCUGGGGAGCAGGAGUGAGUCCCAACAUUUCCACAGGCCAGUACAGAUACAGAUCCUGCACCUGCACUGAGUGUCAACCCUGUCCCUGAAUCGGGCUGAGGCUGACCAGGGCCCCAGGUUAGGGGUGUUUCCUGGGGUAGCCUGGGGAUGACUCCUCUGCUCAACCUGUCUUGGCCCGAGGUGGAUGAGAGUGCUGUCCUGGGCAUCAGCCCCCUCAGCAGGCCUCUGCCUCUUGCCUGCAGCGAUGGGGAGAACUGGUGGUGGGUGCCAGUGGUGGCACCACUUCUGGGUGCCUAUCUAGGUGGCAUCAUCUACCUGGUCUUCAUUGGCUCCACCAUCCCACGGGAGCCCCUGAAACUGGAGGACUCUGUGGCGUAUGAAGACCACGGGAUAACCGUAUUGCGCAAGACGGGAUCUCAUGAACCCACGAUCUCUCCCCUCACCCUUGUCUCCGUGAGCCCUGCCAACAGAUCUUCAGUCCACCCUGCCCCACCCUUACAUGAAUCCAUGGCCCUAGAGCACCCCUAGAGAUUAUUUGUGAUCCCAUCCCUUCCCCAAUAAAGCAAGGCUUGUCCCACA